AUGCACCCACGCAGGGAUAUGGGACCCAUCUAUGGCUCCGAUGCAGUCCUUGAAAUAAGGGUGAAAAAUGGGAGACUUAAAGAAGAUGAAGCUAGGAGAUAUUUCCAACAGCUAAUUAAUGCUGUGGAUUACUGUCAUAGUAGAGGCGUGUACCACAGAGAUUUGAAGCCUGAAAAUUUGCUUCUCGAUUCUUAUGGUGUUCUUAAAAUUUCAGACUUUGGAUUGAGUGCAUUUUCACAGCAAAUACGGGAUGACGGGCUACUACAUACUGCCUGUGGGACGCCAAAUUAUGUUGCUCCUGAGGUGUGCAUCCACUGGCACAGUAUGGAAAACCAUUACACAAAGGGGUAUUUCCUCUCCUUUAUGAGACUCUGAAUCGAUGGUUCCAUUGAACCCCCUUUUUAAAGAAAUAUCUGAUCCUUCAAAUAUGCUUCUCCAGAGACAGAAAUGAAGAGCAGGAACAUAUGAAUCAUCAUAUACUAUUUCACCAUGGAAGAAGAAGAAGAAGAAGAAGAAGAAGAAGAAGAAGAAAAAACUGAAACCGAAUUUCCAUUACAGUAAGAACACGCAUACGAAGAAGAAAAAAAUCACAUAAGCAUCGAAAUCUAACCUUAAAUCAAGCUUCGAUUCUAGUUCUUCAAACCUUGGAGUCGAUCGUCUGAUUUGGAAAUAGGGUAAACCCUAGA